AUGGCAUACAGAUUUGGGGCUGCGAAGGAGCGGCGUCCAUUCCUGCGCCGAACCAAAGCCACCGCGCCACCGGACACCACGGACGCGGACACCACCACCAGCGCGGUAGAAACCACCACAAACAGGUUCACCAGGCGCGGGAACAACAGGUUCAAGACACAAAAAACGGAGGAGAAACCGCGGGAAAACGAAGCGGAAAAGCCAUCGUCGAAUGGUGUCGCGGCUCGGAGUGACAGACCCCGCAACUUCGUACGCCGGCGGUUUGGUGGGGCGAACUCAACAUCAACCACAGCAAAGCCGGCAGCGCUGGUACCGCUGCGCCGCGAGCCGUUCCGCGUGGCCAGCCGCCGCCGGCCGCUGUUCAGCACCACCACCACCACCACCUCCAAGCCCACCACCGCCGCGCUGUUGGAGAGCGACGAGUCGCUCCAGGAUAUCGAUAUCGGCGACAUAGACGCAAUAGAAGAUCCAUCACUCAAACCAAGCACAACCCAACGACCAACCACCAACGUCCAACGUCGUCGACCGUUGGUCCAACUGAAGAGUGAAGACCAGAACCAGGCGGCCACUAACGAGGAGGAGAAAAAGAGACAGAGCAAGAAAUACAGCUCCAGCUUCAAACAGAACCAGCUCGAUGAGAUCCUGAGAGUAAAGUCUAGUGCUGAAGAGAUUGAUGUUACUACGGAGGGAAAGACUACUAUUGAAGAUAUCAGUGCAGAAACUGCUGUAGCGUUGGCUGCACACCAGCUCUUAGGAGCGCCGGUACCGGUCAUACCAGACUACGACGACGAGCCAAAAUCCACGCGAAGACCUCCCCAAACCAUUGUAGACUACAAAUUCACUAGCCCAGAGUACACCGAAGACUACACUAGGACCCAGUCAUACGAUGAAUACACUCGCACACCGUCUUAUACAACAAGGCACAGGUUUGCUGAAACACCAACAGGCACCUACGCCUCACUACAAACAGACGAAGUGCCUUCCUCCACUCGAUCCUCACUAGAGACUGAUACAAGUGUACCAGCUUUCACCACCACAAGAGCGUACACCAGCAGAUUUUCAAGACCUACAUUUGAUGCAACAAAUACAGACCCAACUAUACCCGGCGUAACAUUAAGCUUAGGUUCUGAAGGCUCAGGGGAAUCUACUGCUCGAUACACCAACUUCCCAACAGAAUCUACUGUUCCCUCUUAUACUACCACUAAUUACGAAUCAAGGGCAUCCAGACCUGGAUUUUCAACCGUAAAUCCUACUACAGCUUCAGUGAAUUUCAGAGAAUCAACUCUCAAGUAUACAAAUACCGAAAGGGAUGUGUCCCCAACGUAUCCUACAGGGUUUACAAGCAGAGUGUCGAGACCAGCAGGAUUUUCCCCCAACUUAGUGAAUAUAGAUGAAGUGAAUGACAAAUCGACAGUGAGGUUCAGUCCGAGUGAGGGUCCAUCUACUGCUAGAUACGAAGGGUCUAGCGACAAGAUUCCGGCCCCGUUAGUCUUCGGGUACUCGACUGGUGGACAGGGCUUGCAAGAGCCCUCGUAUUUCACCAGGGAAUACCUUCUGGAGUCACCUGUGACUAAGUCUUAUGACGAUGAAUACCAAUACCUGUCACCGAAAGUAACAACACCACAACCCUCAAGCAGAAAACCAGUAAGGAGGAAGUUUGUCAACAGAAGAAUAUCAACCACACAGUCCCCCACUUCAGCCCUUCCACAAACCACGCUUAAACCAAGAAGAACCACGAUAAAACCCUUCGAAAAGAUACCAAUAAAAGACAUCCCUGUAGUAAAAGACAGUGAUCUGAAGGAAUCAGUUCAAACUAUACAGAGGACAGUUGGUACUGAAAAAAGGCCGAUAGAAAAAUUCAAACAGACCGCGGUGCAAAAGUUGGAAGGGCCUGGCAAAGUGGCCAAACCAAUAAGAGAUUAUGAUUACUAUGACGAUGACCAAGAAAAAUUUGUGCAGAAUUUGAAGCAAGACAAAAAAGUGAUUUUACUUAAGACAGGUUAUCAAGUUUCCAUCAAGGCACCUCCCAGAAUGGAAGAUGCUCCCCCCAGAAAUUUCAUCGUCUUUUUUGGCAACAUCGAGUGCCUAGACAUCGGCAACUUCCCUCACCCGACAUCGUGCAAGAAGUUCAUAUCUUGCGCUCGUAUGGAGAGCGGUGAAGUCCGAGGUUGGGAGUACGUGUGUCCUAAGGGCCUCUCCUUCGACCCAGUGGGAGGGAUAUGCAACUGGUCUGCUGGACUGGGGUGCAGUGAGAAAGAUGCGUGA